GAUGGCGGUCCUUAUGUCCCCCUCGCGCUCCCACAGACCGUCCCUCCUCUCACUCCUCCUGCUUCUCCUCUCCCUCGCCGCCUCCUCUGCGAUCGCGACGACGCCGCACGACGUGUGGGGCGACGCUGACGACGACGCAGACGAUGCCGACGAAUUCGACGGCCACGAUGCAUCCGCCGCACCCGGUGCGGGAUCCAGCGGAGAUCUUGCGCCGACCCCCCCGUCGCGGGGCGGGAGGCGGAAGGGCAUGACGAUCCCGGGGGGUCUGGCGGUAGAGCGGAGCUUCACUCCGGGCGACAGCAAUAGCUUCUUAUCGGGGGGGCUUAUAAUGAUGCAAGGCGAUAUGCGCCCCGACGCCACCACUACGUGGGUGGAGGCCACCGUGAUCUGGCAUCCGCUCUCUCCCCUCGAGUUGGAGGCACUUAAAGCCCUGGUGGCAGCGGACGGCGUGUACCGCGUGCGCCUGCCGCCCAACCCCUUCUCCACUGCUGCCCCGCCGCAGGGGCACGUCGUGGCAUGGGGCCGAGCGCGCUGCCUCGCUGCGUCUGGCUUCCGGGACUCCCUGCACCUCCUCUUCGAUGCGGGGGGCAGGCUGCUAUCGGCCCAUGUGAAGCCGCAAGCUGCCUGCACUGCAGCCACCACUGCCGCUCUCGAUGUUCAGGCAGUGAUGGCGAUGCCAGUCAUCGCGCUUGACUCUGACGUCAUCAUCGAUGCCAGCACCAUCGCCCAACGCCUGCCAGUGCGCAGAGCCCCUGUGGGGGGCAGUGUGGCGGGGGCAGGGGGGGCAGCAGGGGGGGUGGCGGUGGAGGAAGACCCCAUGGCGCCCCCAGUGCCGCCCAAGACAUUCUGGCAGAAAUACUGGAUAUUCAUCAUGGCGGGCGGCCUCCUCGUGCUCAACAUCUUCACGGCCCUGGCUGGCCCCGAUGCCCCUGAUGCUCCUCAAGGGGGGGCUGCAGGCGGGGGAGGGGCACGGCGGGGGAGUGGGGGUGGAGGGGGAGGCAGGCGGGCGUAGCUGGCCAUGCCCCUUGGUAGAUACGCAUGCUGGUGGCUGGAAUGGCAUGCCUGCCAUUCUCCGACCCCGAAUGAGUGCAGUAGCCUGGCAGUGCUUGAGUAUCUAAGAGUGGUUAACGCCUCGUUUAGGUCACAUGAUUACAUGAGUCAGCUGUACAAGCACUGACUCAUUUUUAACAGGGCAUGCCCGCUUAUAGCAGAGGCUCAUUUAAAUGAAGUCAUCGAGUUGUGCAUUUAGGUUUGGGUAGAUGUGGAAUAGUGAAUGUUGCCAAAGAACCCUGCAUGGAACCAGCAGUCAAGAUCUUUUUCUUUUGGUCCAGACUGGGUGGGAACCAGCUCUUCAAGG